AUGUUCCAGAGAACUCUCCUUAGACAAAGCCAGGCCGUCCGGUCUUCGCUUUCCUUCCGUUAUGCAUCCACAGCGCCAUUGGCCGCUCGUACGUCACGAUUGCAAUCACAGCUCCCUCAGUCCGCCCGGUUAGUUGUCCGCCAGCCCGCCAGCCGUUUCUACUCUACAGAGAACAAGGCCGAGGAGAAGGCAGGCGAAGAAGCCGCCGAGGCUGAGACCGCUGAAGACCCCGUUCGCAAGGAAUUGGAGGAGAAGAAGAAGGAAGUUGUUGACAUCAAGGACAAAUAUGUCCGCUCCGUCGCCGACUUCCUCAACCUUCAGGAGCGCACCAAGCGCGACAUGGACAACGCUCGCAACUUUGCUAUCCAGAAGUUCGCCGUCGACCUCCUUGAGAGUCUUGACAACUUCGACCGUGCCCUGCUCGCGGUCCCCGCUGAAAAGCUCAGCGCCGCUCAGACCGAGGCCAACAAGGACUUGCUAGACCUUGUCACCGGCUUGAAGAUGACCCAGAACAUCCUCAUGAGCUCUCUGAAGAAGCACGGCUUGGAGCAGUUCGACCCCAGCGUCCCUACUGAGGACGGCAAGGCGCAGAAGUUCGACCCCAACAUGCACGAGGCCACCUUCCAGACCAAGGUCGAAGGUCUGGAGAACGGCGAUGUCAUGUUCGUCCAGAGCAAGGGUUUCAAGCUCAACGGAAGGGUCUUGAGAGCCGCCAAGGUUGGUGUUGUCAAGAACGACUAA